GUGCUUCAGUGACAUGUGCUUGCUUUUAAGAAAAUCAGAAGUCUUCAAAUUAGUACUAGGAAUAAUUACCAUGUUUAUUUUAUGUUUACCUGAAUUUUUCAAGAUCCAUGAAGGUACUUCAGGUUUUUAAUAUAAGCUCUGAGAUGGCAGGCAAGCAAAGUAUACAGAUAGAGCUAACACUGUAAUUGUGUCAUGCAUGGAUACCUGUUCAUCACAUAACACCACUUUUCCACUUUGUACUUUUAACAAUUCUCGCAAAAGAGCAGUGCAACAUAGAAGAGAAAACCAGACUGUUUUACUGAAGGCCAUUGUAAAUCAUUCCAGUUUCCAUGAUCUUCCAUGUGUUUGCCAGUCCUCCAGGAGGGAACAGCAGUCCCAUACUAAACACACCGACUGUGAAUCCAAGAGAGAUGCGAAUGUUGAUCAUCAAGGAUCAGGGUCAGUAGCUAGAAAAACAAAAGGCUUACUUGAAGUGAAAACAGAAGAUGUUAUUUAUUCUUAUAAAUAUUUUAAUUUCACUACGGUUUCUGAGAAAGAAGAAGUAGAGCAUAAUACUUACUACCUGCUGGAAAUGCACAUCAACAAUUCUGUAGUUGGAGGAAGAAAUGCAGCUGAAGAACACCUAAAUCAUUCCUGUCUACUGGCCAUGAUGGAAGACCAAAAUGACUGUAUAAAUAUUUCACUGCAGCUGAAGUCCUAUGUAGAAUAUCCAAUGUGUAUGGCGAAGAUCAUUUGGCUGACUAUGAUUGCAAUAGUUUUUGUGUUUACUAUUUCAAUUGUCAUCUACAAAAUAGUCCAAGAAAAUGAACAAAACUAUUGUAAACACAGAGUAGCAGCAGCAGUUUCUACUAUUCUAAGAAGAAAGAGUUUCGGAUAUGCAGGAAGAACCAUAUCUACUACUAAAAUUCAUCCUUUUCCUGUGAAAACCAGCAAACAGCAGAUUCCACUUACUGCACAGACCACAGAGAAACUGCCCAUAAUUCCUGAACAAGAGCAUUGUCACGUGGGUGCAUCAACCAUAGAAGUUGCAGAUGUUGCCGUGUGAAGUAUCAUUACUGUUGGAUGAAAGAAGACACAUCAUACACCACAGAAAGAAGCAUCUCCAUUUCCAGUUUGUGGAGCUAUGUUAUCCAGCCUUUUUUUCAUGACAAUGCAACUAUGCAUUUUAGUUGAGAAGCUUCGUUUUAUCCAUCACCCUAAUUAUUUGGUAUUAGGAAAAUACUAAUGAUGGACAAACAUACUUUGCUGUAGAAAACAACUUCAGUAGGAGAGUAUAGAUUUUACAUCUAUUUUCAGUUCAUUUGGGAUUUAUACUUAAUCAUAUGGUUGUGAGAUAAUGCUUGCAACAAUUUCAUCUUCUAUCAGAGAAGAAAUUUCUUUUAUAUUCUCCAUCAGACAAGGAAGUCUGUUUAAAGAUAGAAAUUAUCCUCUGCUUCCUUGAAAUAAGCAGUUUUCAGCCUAUUUUAAUAUUCUAGGUGAGUAAGAUUCCUAAAAGAUACAAUUUCUGGUUGUUGAGGCAGGUGACCAGAGGAUCGUAAAUGGAGAGAAUCCUGCAGUACAUUUUAAUUUCUGCAGUAAACCUGGAAGACCUUAAUAAAUUCUGCAACAUCUUAGUGGAUAAAGAAAAAAAUGUGGAAAAAUAGUAAUUUGGCUUCAAACCACAGAAUCGUUAUUAUUGUUUUUUAAUAACUCAUUAAGAUGCCAAAUGGGGAUUGUACUUUUUGAAAAAUUGCAUUUCUAUCUUUUGCACUACUUUAGGUCAUUAGUAUUCAGUCUCAUUAUCUCCUGCAACUUUUCCUUACUUUCCAUUUAUUACUGCUCCUCUGAGUGUAAUGGAGCAGUUUGGGCUGAGCAGGGUCCCAAAAUCAUUUGGUGCUAACACAUUAUUUGUGUGUACAAUUUAACCAUCAAUUACUAGGCAGAAACUGAAAUUGCAGAGCCAGGUCUUCAAACUCCCUUGUGCUAAAUCCAUCAGGAUGAGCAGAUUGUAAACUGCCCAUUGCAAAUAUGAUAUGCAGCAAUUUAGCAUCGUGUUAAUACUUCAUAACCUCUAUACCUUACAUUUUAUAUAGUUUUUCCCUCCUGAAGCUUUUCGAAAUUGCUUCUUCAGUCAUUAUACUGCACCAAGCAGUUCAGAUUUAAUAGGAAUAGUUGUGAAUAUCAGCUUCUGAAUGAUUUGAGGCCAUAUGGAAUUUUUUAUAUUUAGUUGGAUAAGUCUGAAGCAUUUGUUUCUAUUGUUUGUUACCAUCUUAUAAAAAAAUCAGAGAAAAAUACUGUCUUGAUUUAGGAGCUUUUGAGCCUUUAUUGCUUAUCUAUGGUAAUAACUUAAAAGUUUUUCAGAAAUGGAUUUUUUAAUACAGUCUAUAAAACAAAACUAUCACAA